ACUGUGAAGUCAGUUUUGACUCUGGCUUGAAAUCGCUCUAUAUAUAUAGAAAUAUUUUUCUUUUUACUGUUAGACAGUGUUUCCUCAGACUCAGAAGUCUUAACAGGUGUUGAUUUUGGUGGAGUACCUUUUACAAGAUGACUGCUACAUAUCGCCCUUUGGAUAGUGCUUCAAGAUUUUACUCGAAUGCUUUUCGAGAUUAUUAUAUAAGUAGAACUUUGGAUAAACCUCUACAUCAUCGCAGAUGUUCUCCUCUGCCAAGAUUCAGCACCUUGAGGCGAGAACGGACUUCAAGACCCUUGUCCACAUCCUUCAUCGACACAUCUAGUGAACUGGACCACCUACCAUUUUCUUAUGAAAAUUCCCACCUGAGACGAAGAGAAAUUCCUCUCUGCACACCAGACGAACUGCUGGAUAUCAUCCGAACACCUUCUGGUUACUACGCUUUGCCCACCGAUCCUUGGAAUGAGGUGUACCCUGGCAUCUUUUUGAGUGAUGCACCAACAGCCAUGUGUACAUCUCUAUUAAAACGCAUGGGAAUCACCCAUGUUUUAAAUGCCGCCCAGGGAAAGGAAAAGAAUUGUGGGCAAGUGAAUACCUGGCCUGGAUUUUACACUCAGUCCGGCAUCCAAUUUCUCGGCGUUCCUGCCUUCGACAAUAUUGUUUUUCGCCUUCAUCCCUACUUUGAAGAGGCAGCUGAGUUCAUCGAUCAAGCUCUGAAAUCUAGAGGAAAAGUCCUAGUCCACUGCCAAGCGGGUAUCAGCCGAUCCGCUACCCUCGUGUGCGCGUUCCUAAUGCUCAAACGUGGCUUUACCGUGCAAGAAGCCGUGAAAUCUGUUCGGAAAAACCGAGCUAUUAUACCCAACGACGGGUUCCUAAAACAAUUGUGCGAUUUGAACGAUAAAUUGAACCGAAAAACGACGACGAUCGACGCAGUGUAAAAUCCGCCUCUAUUUUUCGCGCUGCUUUAAACCUUCUUGAGCCGAUUCGCUUUGCGCAGUCUGAAAAAGUGAUUCAGGUUCCGUGAAUCGACAAUCAAAUUGGGUCGAAACGAAUUUAGGGAGGAUGCAAGUCGAUUUCGAAAAGGGAUAUGCUACAAAUAUGGUGUAAAUAUCCUUCGACUUCUAAAACCUUAAAAUACAAAUUUGCUGAUUUUACAAUUUUUUUCAAACUAAAUUCACCCUGGAACAUUAUUAUUUAGUGUCUUCUUUCUACGAGAAAAAAAAUAUUGAUUUCAAAAAUCAAUUUUCUAAUGAUACUUGAAUAGUUUGGUAUAAUUAUCCCUUUACUUGCUUUUUUACAGCUGCUUGCUUGUAUAAAAUUCUAGGAAUCUGAAACUCUUUUAAAAGAUAUUUUAGUUAAACUUUGUUUAAAACUAUUUCAUUUAAUAAAACGCACAUUUUUUCCUUGACGUUUAUUUUAAUUUGCAGAUUUGCUUUUGUUGGUUUAAUGUAAUGUUUAUGUUAUUAAUAAUGCUAGAAUAAGAGAUGCGUUGAGAUUUAACUAGAUAAUUUAGUCAAAAUAUUUAAGAAAUAUUGAAAAUAUAACUAUAGAAUGGUGAAGUAAAAUCCAAGAUUUCGCGUUUAGAAAUUGAAAGAUAAUUUAGAAUAUUUGCGUAUUUGGCAAAUGUAGUUUUUGAAUGGCAAUGCAGAGAGCAUAUUUGACUUUCAGAUGAUUCGAUCGAGUGUUACAAAAGAUGUUUAUUUUCUGGCAGAAAGUAUAAUGUAUACAUAUUUUUAUAUAUUAUUAAUUGAAUUUGAUACUUUGAUUUAUAUCAUGAAACAAAAGUCCAAAAUGUACUUGAUUGCUCAAUUAUUAUUUAUUUAUAUACCUGUAUUAUUCUAAUAAAGAAUACCAAAUUG